UAGAAUUGCUGCGGAGAAAUUUCUGGGUGGUUAAUUCGGAAUAGCGAAAAAGGGAAGAUCUAACAAUGGCGACGGACAAGCACGGAAAUGUUACAAAUUUUUCUGCCGAACAUUUUCAAAAGCUGCUUCUUCAGCAACAAUCCCAGAUGGAAGCACAAAUGAAACUGAUUGAAAGUUUAACGCAGUGCUUAAACGUACAAUCAAACGGAGCAGCUACACGGGACACGCAGGCUGUUUCACUUGAUCUUCUUACGAAUUCAAUCACUGAAUUUCAUUAUGAUGCUGAUUCCGAAUCCACUUUCGAGGCGUGGUUCAAACGUUGGGAGGAUAUGUUCCAGACGGAUUUCAGCCGUCAAGAUGAUUCAUGGAAAGUGCGCCUUUUGCUCCGCAAACUCGGAACUAAUGAACAUACAAGAUUCCUUGACCACAUAUUGCCCAAAGAGCCGAAGGACAUCACUUUCAACGAAGCAGUGGCAACACUCAAAGAAAUUUUUGGUGAGUCGACAUCAUUGUUUAGCAUUCGCUAUCAAUGUCUAAAAAUUGUAAAGCGUGAGACAGACGAUUAUGGGGCACUAGCAGACAUGGUUAACCGCGAAUGUGAACGUUUCAAGUUACGCUGUUUGACGGAUGACCAGUUUAAGUGUCUUAUAUUUGUCAGUGCUUUACAGUCUCCACGCGACGCGGAAAUCCGCACUCGGCUCCUUGCUAAGUUGGAUCAAGACCCAGAUUUGACAUUGAAGUCUCUUGUAGGCGAAUGCAAACGGUUAAUUACCUUGAAACACGACACGGCUAUGAUUGAGCAGAGUCGCCCCACCAUUGCCGAUACUGUUCAUGCUGUGCAAAAAUCAAGAAAAUCUGGCUCGAAUAAGUCGUUCAACAGAAAGCCGAACAAGCCGCCUACACCUUGUUGGUCAUGUGGUGAAUGGCAUUUCGCACGAUACUGUCCAUUCAAGCGUCAUAUUUGUGAUAAGUGCCAUAAACGCGGCCACAAGGAAGACUUUUGCCAUCAAUCCCGGCCAAGAAAGGUGGAGCAGUCCUACCGAAUGAAGAAUUUCAGAAAACCUGACGCAGAAUCACUAUCGGUGAUUGCUACGUUUCACAGCCAUUCUAGAACACGCCGCCGAUUUAUCACUGUGCUUAUCAACGGAAUCCCAACCCGGCUGCAGUUCGAUACGGCAUCAGAUAUAACGAUCAUUUCCAAGAACACUUGGAAGCACAUAAAGAAGCCGAAAAUGAUUGAUUCCAACAAAAUCGCUCACAAUGCAUCCGGUGGAGUGCUGAAGUUGGUCGGAGAAAUAAAUUGCAAAAUUGCAUUCAACGGAGUGGAAAAGGCCGGAACCUGCUACUUGUCUGAUCGACCAAACUUGAACCUCCUUGGACUUGACUGGAUGGAAAAAUUACAACUGUUUGAUGCUCCAAUGAGUCAGAUUUGCAAUACAGUACAAACCGACCCAGUACAUUCAUCAUUGUCGAUAGAAGAGAUGACCAGAAAGCUAAAGCAGCAGUUUGUCACCUUGUUUGAAGAUGGUCUCGGCCACUGCACUAAGUUCAAAGCAAAGUUGUGUCUUCGUGAAGGAACCAAGCCAGUCUUUAGAGCAAAAAGACCGGUACCGUAUGCAGCCAUGACAGCAGUUGAUCAGGAGCUCGACCGACUGGAACGAGCCGGUGUCAUCACACCAGUGAACUACUCUUCAUGGGCUACGCCGAUUGUUGCUGUGAAAAAGCCGAACGGUAAAGUGCGAAUCUGCGCCGAUUUUUCGACCGGCUUGAAUGCCGCAUUGGACGACCAUCAAUACCCCCUUCCGAUACCAGAAGAUAUCUUUGCCAAGCUAAAUGGUGGGAAGUGUUUCGCCAAGCUCGACUUGUCCGAUGCCUACCUCCAGGUUGAGGUUGAUGAAAGCUCAAGAGAAUUGCUGACCAUCAACACUCAUCGAGGCUUGUACCAAUACAACCGCCUCCCUUUUGGCGUGAAAACAGCACCAGCCAUCUUCCAGCAGCUGAUGGACACCAUGCUCGCGGGAGUUUCUGGAGCCGCGGCGUACCUGGAUGAUAUCAUUUUAAUGGGUCGGACGGCAGAAGAACUAUUUCAGCGGCUCGCUGAAGUGCUUGUACGUAUCCAGUCAUAUGGUUUCCGUAUCCGCGAAGAUAAGU